GCUGCUUUUUCUGCAUCUCGAGCUGCUAACAAUUCCUGCUUUCGCCGCAGGCGCCCAAAGGAAGGAAGGGAAGAAGAAAGGGAGGAAGGAGGGGACCGGCUGUCGGUGAAGCCUAGCACCGCGCGUCCUAGUCUUGGUGAACUGGGGAGCCCAGGAGUGUGUCUCUGCCACAACCACUGUGGAGGGAGCCCUGUCACGUUCUGUGACCCCUCCCGCUGGCAGAGCCUCCUCUUGGUCGCCCGGAGCCUCUGCUGGCUUCAAGUGGGAAGCUGAGCCCAGCCUCUGUUCGGCUCCAGAAGCGGCGGCGGCAGCAGCAGCAGCAUCCGGGAGGCGCUCGGGCCAGCGCGGUGAAACUAGCUGGACAGCAGGGCUCGGAGCUGCGAGCCAGGAUGGAGGCAGAGGGCAGCAGCGUGCCAGCCCGGGCGGGCAGCGACGAGGGCAGCGACGGCGCCGGAGGGGCCACACUCAAAGCCCCCAAGCACCUCUGGAGGCACGAGCAGCACCACCAGUACCCGCUCCGGCAGCCCCAGUUCCGCCUCCUGCACCCCCAUCACCACCUGCCCCCGCCACCGCCGCCCUCGCCCCAGCCCCAGCCCCAGCCCCAGUGUCCGCUGCAGCCGCCCCCGCCACCCCCCCUGCCACCGCCCCCGCCGCUGCCCGGGGCUGCUCGCGGCCGCUACGCCUCGAGCGGGGCCACCGGCCGGGUCCGACAUCGCGGCUACUCGGACACCGAGCGCUACCUGUACUGCCGUGCCAUGGACCGCACCUCCUACGCCGUGGAGACUGGCCACCGGCCCGGCCUGAAGAAAUCCAGGAUGUCCUGGCCCUCCUCGUUCCAGGGACUCAGGCGUUUUGAUGUGGACAAUGGCACAUCUGCGGGACGGAGUCCCUUGGAUCCCAUGACCAGCCCAGGAUCUGGGCUAAUUCUCCAAGCAAACUUUGUCCACAGUCAACGUCGAGAGUCCUUUCUGUAUCGAUCCGAUAGCGAUUAUGACCUGUCUCCAAAGUCUAUGUCCCGGAACUCCUCCAUUGCCAGUGAUAUACAUGGAGAUGACUUGAUUGUGACUCCAUUUGCUCAGGUCUUGGCCAGCCUGCGAACUGUGCGAAACAACUUUGCUGCGUUAACUAAUUUGCAAGAUCGAGCACCUAGCAAAAGAUCACCCAUGUGCAACCAACCAUCCAUCAACAAAGCCACCAUAACAGAGGAGGCCUACCAGAAACUGGCCAGCGAGACCCUGGAGGAGCUGGACUGGUGUCUGGACCAGCUAGAGACGCUGCAGACCAGGCACUCCGUCAGUGAGAUGGCCUCCAACAAGUUUAAAAGGAUGCUUAAUCGGGAGCUCACCCAUCUCUCUGAAAUGAGUCGGUCUGGAAAUCAAGUGUCAGAGUAUAUAUCAAACACAUUCUUAGAUAAGCAACAUGAAGUGGAAAUUCCUUCUCCAACUCAGAAGGAAAAGGAGAAAAAGAAAAGGCCAAUGUCUCAGAUCAGUGGGGUCAAGAAGUUGAUGCACAGCUCCAGUUUGACGAAUUCAAGCAUCCCAAGAUUUGGGGUUAAAACUGAACAAGAGGAUGUCCUUGCCAAGGAACUAGAAGAUGUGAAUAAAUGGGGUCUUCAUGUUUUCAGAAUAGCAGAGCUGUCUGGUAACCGGCCUUUGACUGUUAUCAUGCAUACUAUUUUUCAGGAACGGGAUUUAUUAAAAACAUUUAAAAUUCCAGUAGACACUUUAAUUACAUACCUUAUGACCCUGGAAGACCAUUAUCAUGCUGACGUGGCCUACCACAACAAUAUUCAUGCUGCAGAUGUAGUCCAGUCAACACAUGUGCUGUUAUCUACACCUGCUUUGGAGGCUGUGUUUACAGAUUUGGAGAUUCUUGCAGCAAUUUUUGCUAGUGCAAUACAUGAUGUAGAUCAUCCCGGUGUGUCAAAUCAGUUUCUGAUCAAUACAAACUCCGAACUUGCCUUGAUGUACAAUGAUUCUUCUGUCUUGGAGAACCAUCAUUUGGCUGUGGGCUUUAAGUUGCUUCAGGAAGAAAACUGUGAUAUUUUCCAGAAUUUGACCAAAAAGCAAAGACAGUCAUUAAGGAAGAUGGUCAUUGACAUUGUACUUGCAACAGACAUGUCAAAACACAUGAAUCUACUGGCUGAUUUGAAAACUAUGGUUGAAACUAAGAAAGUGACAAGUUCUGGAGUUCUUCUUCUUGAUAAUUACUCUGAUAGGAUUCAGGUCCUUCAGAAUAUGGUGCACUGUGCAGACCUGAGCAACCCCACGAAGCCUCUCCAGCUGUACCGCCAGUGGACGGACCGCAUCAUGGAGGAGUUCUUCCGCCAAGGAGACAGAGAGAGGGAGCGGGGCAUGGAGAUCAGUCCCAUGUGUGACAAGCACAAUGCAUCUGUGGAAAAGUCACAGGUGGGCUUCAUAGACUAUAUUGUUCAUCCUCUCUGGGAGACAUGGGCGGACCUCGUGCAUCCUGAUGCCCAGGACAUUCUGGACACUUUGGAGGACAAUCGUGAAUGGUACCAGAGCACAAUUCCUCAGAGCCCCUCCCCAGCGCCUGAUGACCAGGAAGAAGGCCGGCAGGGUCAAACCGAGAAGUUCCAGUUUGAACUCACUUUAGAGGAAGAUGGCGAGUCCGACACCGAAAAGGACAGUGGAAGUCAGGUGGAAGAAGACACUAGCUGCAGUGACUCCAAGACUCUCUGUACUCAAGACUCGGAGUCUACUGAAAUUCCCCUUGAUGAGCAGGUGGAAGAGGAGACAGUGGGGGAGGAAGAAGACAGCCAGCCCGAAGCCUGUGUAAUAGAAGAUCAUUCUCCUGACACGUAACAGUGCAAAGAAUGUCACGCCUUUUCUUUUUCCUUUUUUUUUUUUAAGUAGAAAAAUUGUUUCCAAAGUGCAUGUCACAUGCCACAACCAUGGUCACACCUCACUGUCAUCUGCCAGGAUGUCUGUUGAACAAAACUGACCUUGACUACGCAGUCUCGCGCUCAGGAAUACUGUAACCAGUUUUUCACCUCCGUGUCAUCAGAGCAAGGGGGGGACAUCUUCACGAACAGCAUUUUAACAAGACUUCAGCUUGGUAAGAGCUGACAGAGCAGAGAAAAUCAACUCUAAAAUGUUUUCAAGGGAGUGUGGCUCAUCCAGCAGCCCAAGAGUUGAUAGGCUUUGGGGUUUCUUUACUUUUUAUUUGUUCGCAAUAUUUUCAGCAGAAAGAAGGCAUUACACAGACAGAGUGAACUCAUGGAUGAAGCAACAAAUGUGUCAGGAACAGGACACAGCACGAAUCUGUUACCGGGAGGAAGAUGAGCCACAGAAAUUGCAUAAUUUUCUAAUUUCAAGUCUUCCUGAAACAUGACUGAACAGUGCGGUUCAGUGAGCUGCACUGACCUCUACAUUUUGUAUGAUAUGUAAAACAGAUUUUUUGUAGAGCUUACUUUUAUUAUUAAAUGUAUUGAGGUAUUAUAUUUAAAAAACUAUGUUCAAAACUUCAUCUGCCACUGGUUAUUUUUUUCUAAGGAGUAACUUGCAAGUUUUCAGUACAAAUCUGUGCUACACUGGAUAAAUCUAAUUUACGAAUUUUACUUGCACCUUAGAGUUCAUAGCAAUUAACUAAUUUGUAGUGAUUCAUUGUUUUAUAUACCAAUGACUUCCAUAUUUUAAAACAAAACCCAACUUUAUGUUGCAGGAAACCCUUUUUGUAGGUCUUCAUUUACUUGGCUUUCAUUUCAGUCUUUUCAGAGUUGCUCCCACUGACAUUUUUUUCACGGUGUACAAAGUAAAUAUUUGUUCUGUAAUACUUUGAUGUGCAUUCUGUCUACUGUGUCUUAAGCCUCAUAAACAAUCAUCAGUUGGUGUUGUCUGAAGCAAGUAAGAGAUAUAUAAAUACCCAGUAGCUAAAAUGGUCAGUCUUUUUUAGAUAUUUUCCUAUUUAGUGUCUUCUGGUAACUUUUUGCUGUGUCAAUAGACCCUCAUCUCACAAGUGCAUGUCUUUGUAAUAACCCACACAUUUUAUGCUCAUUUUUGUUUUCACAGUCAGUUGUAGUAAGAAAAUCUUUUUCCCCUUGUGCUGCUUUAUUCUUUAGUGUGUGUAUGAAUCUCUGUCCAUGUUCACUAGAUGGGGUCUUAUCAAAUAUAUCACCACCAUUCUGAUUGAUUAAGAGAAGGAGGUAGUCAGGCUAGAGUCACCAUUCAUUUCGACCACAAGGCCAUACAUAAUGACUAACUUUUACUCUUGAUUCAUAGAGAAAAGUUAACAGCUAGCUAGGUGGUUUUUAACAAUAUUAGCAGAAUAUAUUAACAAACAAACACCACUACAACUAAUGCUCUGUUUCCAUGAUUUCACCAUGGGAUUAAGAACUAUAUGAGGAAUAUUCUUGAGAAGGGAUUUUAAGCGUAGCAACUACUCUUCCUUAAUUGGACAGCCACGUAAUGUAGAAAUUGCUUUCUCAGUUACCAUUGGUCCAUAAGUAUGUCUUGUAGAGGAGAACUUUAAAUGCACCGAGGGAGAGAAGUUGAUGACGCCAUUGGCACCAGAGGUUUGGUAAUAUAAGGCCAUCCUGAAAUACUAGGUUGGGUAAGAGGAUUCUACCAAAGUAACAGAGAUGGCUCUUGGCUGCAUUUAGCACCAAGAAAUGUAUUACAAUUUUUGGGAUUACUUCCCAGUAUUUACCUUCAGUUGGCAUCCUGUGGUACUUACUUACUUUGGACUUUCUUCCCAUUUCAGCUCUUAAUAAAGUGUUUGCCUUCUCUAUGAAGAAUUUGGAGCCCAAAUAAUCAUUUCACAUUGAUAUCCAAAAAUUGAAAUAGAAACCAAAAAGGUUAUCUGACCAAAUGGAAAAUAAACUGUCAAGAAAAGUUGUAACCCUGAAAAACAUUUAUAUUUGGGAUUUCUCAAGGAGUCUACUGGGGACUAAUAACUAAGUCAUCAGCCUGGGAAAUGACCCAAAGCUGAAGAUAGUCCCUAUUUUAAAACCCUGAGAUCCACAGGGGAAACUUUGAUAGAAAAAUUAUGUAGCUCAGAUCUGUUCUUAGAGCAGAACAGGAGUCAACCAAUUAAUUAUCAGAUUUCCACUCUCCUCUCCCUGAAAAAAAAUAAGUAAUCUUUCAAAUAAAGUCCUGUGUUUAGCCAAGUGGUUUUGCAAGAACAUUUGGAAACUUGUUUAAUUUUAUUUGUCCUUGAUGGAGGUCUAAAAAAAAGGCAAACAAUCUAGAGCUUAUUCCUUUAUCCAAAAUAUUGUCAUUCCCUCCUCUCACUAAUGCUUGGUAUUUCCCCCACAGAGUGCCUAAAAUCUUAAUAGGAAAAAAAUUAAAGUAGCAAUAUAUCACAAACAAAUCCAGACCUGGAAGGAUUUGUAACUGCAUUGAAAAACAGAGGGGGUUUUUUUGUUUUGUUUCAGUUUGUUGGUUAAUAAUGGUCACAUGUGAAGAUACUGGUGGACAAUCACAUUGUAGAAAAGGCAUACAUAAUAUCUAAGAGACAGGGACUAAUGCACUGUACAAUCUGCUUAUCCUCUCCCUUCUUUCUCUUUCCUUCUCUUUCGCCAAAGUGUGCUUCAGAAUUAUACACUGCUUUAAAAAGAACAUCCUUAUACAAGUGGCUUUACAUUUCCUAAAAUGCCAUAAGAAAAUGCAAUCUCUGGGUACUGUAUGGGGAAAAAUGUCCAAGUUUGCAUAAAACCAGUACAUUUCAGCUUGCAAGUUACUAAACACGAUAAUGCUGUUUUAAUUUUCUUUUACAUCACUUAAGAUUCACAAGAAAGUAAUGUAGAUAGAACAAAUUGCAGACAAGGAAAAAAAACUUGAAUGAAAUGGAUUUUACAGAAAGCUUUAUGAUAAUUUUUGAAUGCAUUAUUUAUUUUUUGUGCCAUGCAUUUUUUUUCUCACCAAAUGACCUUACCUGUAAUACAGUCUUGUUUGUCUGUUUACAACCAUGUAUUUAUUGUAAUGUACAUACUGUAAUGUUAAUUGUAAAUUAUCAGUUCUUAUUAAAACAUCAUCCCAUGACGGGAUGGUGUUGAUAUAUUUGGAAACUCUUGGUGAGAGAAUGAAUGGUGUGUAUACAUACUCCUUGUACAUUUUCUUUUCUCCUGUAAUAUAGUCUUGUCACCUUAGAGCUUGUUUAUGGAAGAUUCAAGAAAACUAUAAAAUACAUAAAGAUAUAUAAACUUAAAAAACAUAGCUGCAGGUCUUUGGUCCCAGGGCUGUGCCUUAACUUUAACCAAUAUUUUCUUCUGUUUUGCUGCAUUUGAAAGUAAGGUAAUGGGUGGGGGGGCUAGGGCUGGGCAUUUUACAUCCAAGCUUUGAACCAAUUGGAUUUCAGCUGGAAGAUUCUGAGACCCUUCUGAGAUACAAGCUUUUAACUUGCCACGAAGCAGCACUGCAUACGUAACGAUUCUUUCAGGAGCUCCUUCAGGUAGUUACAUCUGAUUGUUGGGUUUUUUUUACUUUCAAACACUAAUUGGGAAAAUAUGUUCUUGUCCAAUGAUAACAAAGCCUUCUUGGCUUCUUAAGCACAUAGGCAAAUGAACUUGAUUUGAAACUAGAGCCUCAGGCCAUAUGUGUUGGUCAGUCAUUUAUUCAUCAGCUUCCUGUUACGAGAAUAUGUAAUAGGAAAAGAUCAUUUUUUUUUAACCCUAGAAUUUUCCAACUAAGACCAACCAAAUUUCCAUAAUGUGUGUAAAUCCUAGAUAAAACACAGUUUUUAUAUGAUGCCAAUUCACACAAAAACGAUUCACCGUUCUCUAGAAUUUGUUUCUGCGAAACUGCUAUGGCUUUUGAAUUUUAAAAAAUUAAACUUGGAAUAAUGGCCAGCUCCCAAAAGUUAUGAAAAAUUCCCACUGGGUGGCAUGGAAACUGCCUCCCACUCUUGCCCAGCCCUCAGAGCACUUGACUUAGCGAGAGAUCCUUUUUCCAGGAAAAAAAUGAGCCUCCUGUUAUUUUAUUUUAUUUUUUUGACACAAACUGUAGAUUUUAGCAGCCCUGGCCCAAAGGAAUUUGAUUACUUUUGUUUUAAACAGUACAAAGGGGACACUAUAAUUAUGAAAAACAUCCUUACUGAUUUUGGUUGUUUUUAAUUUUAUUUCUUAGGAUAUGUUUUCAGAGUGGUAAAUUGUGUGUGAGCAUUACAAAUGAUGAUGAUUCUUUUAGUGGUUUCUUAGCCUCUCUUACAGCCCAUGGGGAUAGUACUGUACAUCAAUACCUUCAUAUGAAAUUUUUAUAUGCAAUGAAAAUAAAAGCAUGGGUUGAUUCUGCCUA